AUGGGAUCCGAACCAUUGUUCAGCUCCGAUCCCUCCGACCAUGCCAAGUGGACCGAGAUGACUACGAUAAACCAGACGUCCGCCGGCCAAGACCAUGACAGAUUCGAUCCCGACGACUCCUUCGCCAUGGCCCGCAUGAUUCCAGCAAAAGACGGCGGCGGUCCGGCGACAGGCGACGACGACAUUAGUGCACCGCAAAAGAUGAUAUCGGCCAUGUCCGGCAGUCUACUCACCUCGCUUCUCGUGACACCCCUCGAUGUCGUGAGAGUCCGAUGGCAAUCCCAAACUGUUACCCCGCCCUCGGUGGACUUCUCCAAGCUCGCGAUGACGACCAGCAACCUGAAGGCGUUCAACACGGAGAACCUCGGAGUUACGGCAUGCUGCAGAGAGGUCUUCUUCAUGAACAACUCUUCCGAGCUGUGCAUAGCGAUGCCCAGGGCGGAGGGCGCGGCGACCGCCGCAGCGGCUGAAUGCGCUGUCGAGGAGGUGGAACGAAAGACCAUCAGCUCGACCAUGGACGGACUGAGAAAGAUCGCGCGCAAUGAGGGGUUCACCAGCCUCUGGCGGGGUCUGUCUCCCACAUUAUUAAUGACAAUCCCCGGCAACAUCAUCUACUUCACCGGCUACGACUGGCUGCGAUACAACAGAAAGAGCCCGAUUGCUCAAAGGCUCAACGACGACACUGCCCCCCUCGUCGCCGGCUCCGGAGCCCGCAUUCUCGCCGCCGCCGCCGUCAGCCCGAUCGAGUUGUUCCGCACGAGAAUGCAAGCCACGUCCGGCAACUCUGCAACAGGCCACCUCGCCAACACCUUCAGAGGCAUCAAGGAAAUGGUCAACACGAGCGGUUACAGUGCUCUAUGGAGGGGUCUGACCCUGACUCUGUGGAGGGAUGUGCCCUUCUCGGGUAUCUACUGGUGGGGAUACGAGACGAUCCGGGGAAAGUUGACGGACCUGCGUGAGACCCGCCGCGGCCGGACCCUGGAUGUUAGAGGCUCCCGGACACAGUCGCGCCGGAGAUCGCAGAGCCGGGAGAACCAUUCGGAAACAUUGACCGACAGCUUCAUCGCCGGCGCCGUUUCCGGCGGAUUUGCAUCGAUAGUAACGAUGCCGUUUGACGUCGGCAAGACCAGGACUCAGGUCUACCGCGACUCCCCCAAUGCCGCCAAAGCGGCCGCUGCAGAGCAAGGCUCCAUGAUGCGCUUACUCUACCACAUCUUUUCCACCGAGGGAAUCUCAGGCUUGUGGAAGGGCUGGAUUCCUCGCACGCUCAAGGUCGCUCCGGCAUGCGCCAUCAUGAUCAGCAGCUACGAAGUCGGCAAGCGGGUGUUCAGGAGCGUCAACGAGAAGUCCAGGCAGGAAACGGACUAA